UUUCCAGCCUCAUGGAUCCCAAAAUUCCCGGAUUUUUCAUUCCGUGGUAUCCCGACAGGACGAGCUCGCACAUGAUCUCCGCGGACGAUGCCGAGUACCCGCGGGAGUACCGCACCCUGGGCAACGGCACCCGGCGCUUCUCCAACGUGGGGCUGGUGCACACCUCGGAGCGCCGGCACACCGUGAUCGCCGCCCAGAGCCUGGAGGCGCUCACCGGCCUCCAGAAGACGGAGAUGGAGCGCAAGAGGGACGCCUUCAUGGACCACCUGAAGAGCAAGUACCCGCAGCACGCCCUGGCGCUGCGCGGGCAGCAGGAGCGCCUGCGGGACCAGCAACCCAACUACUGGAGCUUUAAGACCAGAAGCUCCCGGCACUCCCAGGGCUCCCAGCCUGGCCUGGCCGACCAAGCCAAGCUCUCCUUCGCCUCGGCCGAAUCCCUGGAGACCAUGUCGGAGGCGGAGCUGCCGCUGGCCUUCAACAGGAUGAACCGGUUCCGGCAGAGCCUGCCCCUGUCCCGCUCGGCCAGCCAGACCAAGCUUCGAUCCCCAGGUACCUCCAGAGGUCCCAAAAUCUCACAGUGGAUGGUGGGGUUGGUCUCCAUCCACCCAAAAUUCCAGACCAAGCUGCAAUCCCUAGGAACCCUCAAAGAUCACAAAAUCUCCAUGGUGGAUGGUGAGGUUGGUCUCCAUCCACCCAAAAUUCCAGACCAAGCUUCGAUCCCCAGGUACACUCUGGAGACCCCAAAAUCUCUGGUGGGAGACAUCCAGGACAGAAGCAUCAUUAAAAUCUACCGGAAAGAGCCGCUCUACGCCUCGUUCCCGGCCUCACACAUCACCAACGGCGACCUGAGGCGAGACAUGGUCUACACAUCCCGGGAAUCCUCUCCCACCCGCCGGCUCAACAACAUCUCCCCGGCUUCCCACCUGGCCUCCGGCUCCCCUCCGCCCGUGCUCCAGUCCUCGUCGCCGUCCCGCUCCCGCAUGUCCUACAGCGGCGGCCGCCCGCCCUCGUACGCCGGCAGCCCCGUCCACCACGGCGAGCGCCUGUCCAGCCUGCCCCCGGCCCAGGGGGUGUCCCCCAGCCCCAGCGCCAUCCUGGAGCGCCGCGACGUCAAGCCGGACGAGGACCUGGCGGGCAAGAACGUGGUGCUGGUGAAGAACGAGGGGCUCUACGCCGAUCCCUACGGGAUGGUGCACGAGGGGCGGCUCAGCAUCACCUCCACGCAGUCGCUGGCGGGCAUGGGGGACCCCUUUGGCUACUCGGGGGGGCUCUACAAGCGGGGCUCAGUGCGGUCACUCAGCACCUACUCGGCGGCCGCGCUGCAGACGGAGCUGGAGGACAGUUUGUACAAGCCCAACGCGCCCAUCUACAGCGACACGUACGGCCCCGGGCUGGGCUUCCGCAUGCCGCCCUCGUCCCCGCAGAAGAUGGUGGAGCCCGGGCAGAGCCCGCACAGCCCCUACUCGGGCCCGCCGAGCCGCUCCUCGCCUGUCCGGCAGUCCUUCCGCAAGGAUUCCUGCUCCUCCGUCUUCAUGGACGGCCCCGUGGGCAAAACGCGCAACCCCAGCUCGUCAGGGCCUCCCGAGAUGUUCCCCGGCCCCGGAGAGCGGCCGCUCUCGGGAUUCGGAUCGCCCGGACCGGCCAAGGACACGGAGACCAGGGAGCGGAUGGAGGCCAUGGAGAAGCAGAUCGCCAGCCUGACGGGGCUGGUGCAGAGCGCGCUGCUCCGCGGCUCCGAGGCCGAGACCCCCAGCGAGAAGAACGAAGCCACCAACGGCGGGACCCCCCCGUCAGCGUCCACCAGCCGCAGCGGCAUGGGCACCCCGGUGCCCGCGCCGCCGCCGCCCUCGGCCACCAGCACCCCGGCGGGGCAGCCCACGGCCAUCACCCGCCUGCACAUGCAGCUGCACCUGCACGACCUGCAGCAGAACGCCGGCGACCUCCGCAACCAGCUGCAGCAGCUCAGGAAGCUGCAGCUGCAGAACCAGGAGACGGUGAAGUCGCUGCUGCGGCGGACGGAGACGGAGAUCAGCGUGCGGGUGACGGACACCAUGCGCAAGCACGAGGACCCUCUGCAGCGCCAGCGCAGCUUGGUGGAGGAGGAGCGGCUGCGCUACCUCAACGAGGAGGAGCUCAUCACCCAGCAGCUCAACGACCUGGAGAAGGCCAUGGAGAAGUUCCAGCGGGAUCUGGCGCACGGCCCCCGGCUGAUCCCGGCGCAGGAGCUGGAGGAAAAGGCCGCGGUGCUCAAGCAGCUGGGGGAGACCCUGACGGACCUCAAGGCCCAGUUCCCCGGCCUGCAGAGCAAGAUGCGCGUGGUGCUGCGGGUGGAGGUGGAGGCCGUCAAGUUCCUCAAGGAGGAACCCAACCGCCUGGACGGGCUCCUCAAGCGCUGCAGAACCGUCACCGACACCCUGGCCCAGAUCCGCAGACAAGUGGACGAGGGCGUGUGGAGCUCUCCCAGCAGCCUGAGCCAGUCGCCCAAGAAGGCGGCCCCGGAGACGGAUUUCGGCAAAGCGCUGGAGCUGGAGAUGCCCACCAGCCCUCCCGUCAGCCUGCACCACCUGACGGGCACCGCCGAGCCCCUGGGUGUGCCCGGCUUCGUCGCCCAGCCCCAGAGCCACGCGGGCAAGAGCAAUAACCCCUCCCGAGCCCCUGAGAUGGUGCCCGCCAAGACGCAGACGGCGCCGGAGACCGCCGGCAAGAAGAGCGUGGACAAAGCCGUGUCCGUGGAGGCGGCGGAGCGGGACUGGGAGGAGAAACGAGCAGCGCUCACCCAGUACAGCGCCAAGGACAUCAACCGGCUCCUGGAGGAGACCCAGGCCGAGCUCAUGAAGGCCAUCCCCGACCUGGAAUUCGCCGCCAAGCACAAACAAACCCCGGGCAGCGGCAGCGCCGCCUCCACGCCCGAGCACAAACCCUCCAAGCCGCAGCACGCCCCCAAAUCGGGGGGCAAAGGGGACCCCAACGGCCGCCGGGGCUCAGACGAGCUGACGGUGCCGCGGUACCGCACCGAGAAACCCUCCAAGUCGCCGCCGCCUCCCCCGCCCCGCCGGAGCUUCCCCUCGUCGCACGGGCUGACCACGACCCGCAGCGGCGAGGUCAUCGUCACCAGCAAGAAGGAGCCCGGCUUUAUGAAGAAGGCGGAGUCGGAGGAGCUGGAGACGCCGCGGCCGCCGGUGAAGCUGCGGCGGGCGGUGUCCGAGGUGGCCCGGCCCGCCUCCACCCCGCCCGCCAUCGCCUCGGCCGCCAAGGACGACGACGACGAGGAGCGGAUCCUCGCCGAGCUGGAGGGGACACCGGCACGCAGGGGACACCGGCCCACGGGUGGCACCGGCACGCAGGGGACACCGACACGCAGGGGACACCGACACGCAGGGGACACCGGCAUGCAGGGGACACCGGCACGCAGGGGACACCGGCCCACGGGUGGCACUGACACGCAGGGGACACCGGCACGCAGGGGACACCGGCACGCAGGUGACACCGACACGCAGGUGGCACUGACACGCAGGGGACACCGGCACGCAGGGGACACCGGCACGCAGGGGACACCGGCACGCAGGGGACACCGGCAUGCAGGGGACACCGGCAUGCAGGGGACACCAGCACGCAGGGGACACCGGCACGCAGGUGGCACUGACACGCAGGGGACACCGGCACGCAGGGGACACCGGCACACAGGGGACACCGGCACGCAGGGGACACCGGCACGCAGGUGGCACUGACACGCAGGGGACACCGGCAUGCAGGGGACACCGGCACGCAGGGGACACCGGCAUGCAGGGG